AUGAGCAAAAACACUCUUAUUGAGCGUACUUUAAGCAUUGCUGCGAAUGUUAAAGUGUGUAUAAGCCAAGCAUAUGAUUCACUUCAACAUAUACCCAUGAAUUCUUCCAUUUCCAUCAAAAAUUCCUACGAAUUACCUUCUAAUGUACAUAAUCAGGCAUUAGAUAGGGUUAUCCGCUCUUUUAGUGAAAAUAAUGAAACGAGAAAUGUAAUCGAUUGA